UUUAUUAGAUUUUUUUUGGGGGCAGAAAUGGCUGCCACACUCAUCUCAUCCUGUUCGUAAAGAAUCAGCAGGGCCCAAAAUAAACCCCACAGAUCGCCGUCCUGCUGCCAGACACCCGUCGCAGACGCCGAGCUGCAGCUUGCGGAGCACCUUUAUAAAGAUGUUUCGGCUGUCAGAGAGAGGAAACAUAUACGAGUCGAAAUUAACCCUUUCCAGCCCAUCGUACAACAACAAAUGAGCCCAGCAGGAAACGAUGCAUCAAGUGAGCAGCAGCAGCAGCAGUGACUACUGUAUGAGUAUGAGUGGACUGGCAGACGACUGUCACCCAGCCAGCCAGUUUGAUCUGUGCAGCACCCAAACUAACAAAUUCUACCCAUCUCCGACAAACCCGGGUCUGCAACUGUCCCUCGGCCUGGCCCCUUUGCCGCAGGGAAUGCACAAAGCCAUGGCGUGCCAACUGCAAGACACCCAAAGUGACUUCCAACCACAGACGGUGAGAAUCAGGGCCAGUGAGGCUUUGGUGCCCGAUGGCUCCAAGAAAAAAAAGGGCAUGGCGAAAUCCGGGCGGAGAGGAAGGCCAUCAGGAACCACAAAAUUAGCUGGGUACCGUACGAGUACUGGACGCCCACUUGGGACAACCAGAGCAGCUGGGUUCAAAACCAGCCCCGGCAGACCCCUGGGGACCACCAGGGCAGCGGGGUAUAAAGUCAGCCCCGGCAGGCCCCCUGGUAGCAUCAAGAGUCUAGCUCGUCUCAAGAAGCUAGAACUUGCGUCUGACAGCGCCAAAAAGCUUGACUUUAACAACUGCAGUGCUCCCGAGAAACUUGACUUCACUAGUUGCGAUCUUCCACCUUUUUCCUACGCCAUGAUGGAGAAAAGAGACCUCUGUGAGCCCGGUGGCAAAGUGGACGAAACCAGCAAGUAGUUCAGCAGCUGUCUGUCUGCAGCAUUCGGUUUCUUUAACAGGAGGAAAAACUCAAGAAAAACUCUCUGAAAUGUGACAAAAAAUAAAAUAGUUCUGUCCGCACUCACUGUGAUGGGUUCUGACAUUCUCACCAUUCACUCGAAACAAAUAACUGAACUGAAAGGAAGGUGCUCCAGUUCGGCACAGAUGCAUGCAUGUAAAUUGACAACACCAUGUUUAUUAUAUCCAAGAAAAAAAACAACAAAACAAUGUAUUUUGUGAUUCCUUUCAUUCACCAAAGCAUUUUGUUCCUCUGAGAUGUGACAUGUCUUUGUGACUUUUUAAAAAACUUUCUUAAUCAUUUCCAGUCAAUCAAACCAACUUUUUCCUCAAUACAAUAUAUAACUGUAGUUGUCUUUUGUGUUGUCCAGUAUGUAAUUUUACAUUUGCAGUAUAUGAAACAUUAUCUUACUUACAUUUUAUUACAACACGCUUUUAUUAGCUUCAACUCAUAAAAUGUAUUUUUUGAGCACACGAGUAGUUAUUUCAGCACUUCUUAUGUAUAGUUUUGAUCAUGUAUUAGAACGGCUUGUUUUCAUACUCACUUGAUAAGUAGUUGCAGAUUUGUGUGUGUUGUUAUCGGAUAAUGACUUCACAAAACAGACAUAUGCAUCGUUGACUCUAUAUGUAAUAAAUGCUAAUGUAUCUGUAAAAUCGUAAUAA